UUCACUUUUGAUUCUGAGUUCAGUCUGCAGGGAGCGGCACAACACUGUGUACUUACUUUGUCUGUUUUCUCACUUUACGGAAUUUAAACAGGAAAUUGAAGCAGUGAGGAAAUACUGAACAGUCAUGGCUGAUAUGCACAAUACUGUCAUGAUGGACGGUCUUGAAGACGCCAAGAAAGAGCUGGAGUCAUGGAAGAAUAAAGCAGAGAAAGCUGAUGAUCUGAAAUCCAGGCUCAUAGUGGAAAAACUGGAAGAAGAUGAAGCCAAGGAAAAGGCCAAGCAUGAGAUGCAUGCUUUGGUUGAAAAGCAAAAUAACUUUCGGAAGGAAUUCAAUCAGAGCAAGAGUGAAGUGCAGGAUGAAAUCCAGAAGCUUACUAAACGCAAACAGGAUUUGCUGGACAAACUGAGGAGAUGCCAGGCUGAGCUGGAUGCUAAGAGGGCAGAGUCCACCAAACUUAAACAGAAAUUCAAGAUCUGUGCCCAGAUUCCAGACACAGAGGUGAGGUUCAGCGCUCAGGACAAAGAGGAGAGUGAUGACGACAGUCAGCUAAUCAGAGGAGUGUUUACCAUCAGCCAGAGGCCCACUGUGCUUCUGCAGGGAGGACAGGCACUCAUCACCUUUGAGGAGGACAAAGUGGCCUCUCAGAUCCUGAAGAUUGCCAAGUGCUCUGUGUCCUGUGACAACAUGAGUUUGGAUGUGAAACCAAAAAGGCUAACCAUGGAUCCUGCUGUGAAGUUUGAGGUCCACCUUGAUGUUUCCAGAAAGGAGCUCAAGGUUUCCAAUGUUCCCCCUUCCAUGCCAGAGGAGAGGAUGAAAGACCGACUGGAGAUCAGUUUCUCCAAGCCCAGCAGAGGAGGAGGAGAGGUGGAGGGAGUGGAGUAUGAUAAGACCACUGGGACAGGACACAUCACCUUUCUCCACCCUGGAGUUGCUGAGAGCCUAGCCCUGCGAGGGAAGUACCGUGUGGAUCUGGACACUGAAGUGAAUGUGCAGGUUGGACCCGUUUACAAACACCAGCUGCGCAAAUUUCAGACCUUCUGUGGCUCUCCAAAGCGAACCAUCCUCCUGGAUGACAUCAAGGACAUCACAGAUGAGGAAGACCUGCAGGACCAUCUGGAGAUCCACUUCCAGAAGCCCAGUAACUGUGGCGGUGAGAUAGAGAGCAUCAAGUACAUCUCUGCAGGGAAGGCUCUGCAGGCCUUUUUCUGUGAGGACAUGGAGGAGAGAGACGACUGACUUUAAUCAGCAACAGCCAAACCUCUCAAACAGCUAUAACAUGUAAGGACAACCACCCUAUGAUUGCUACAAGCAGAAAAUCAAAUCUGUCACGUUUUUGAUUAUGUUAAAGAAGCCUGUAUAUUUCUUGUCAUGCCCAAAAGGAGGAGAAGUCUUUUGGAAAAUUCAUUUAUUUACUGUUCUGCUGAUAGUGGUUUAAUCUCUGUGUGUUUAUUAGAGAGUAGAGUAGAGUUAGAUCAAAUGUUUCCCUCACACCCUGCACACUGUUAUUGGUUGGGGGCUACACACGCAGUGCCCAGAGGUUGCAGCCCAGAAAUGUCCCAAACACAUAAAUGCACCCCAACAUACUUCUAGUGGGUCAUAGGUAAUCACUGAGAGGGAUUCUUUUUCCAUGACUCUAUAAAGGAAAAUCCUGCAUAUUAGACCUCUUAACGUCACACAGUACCUUCAUGUUGGUUCUCUUCCCUUCUGUAUUCUUGAUUUCAGUGUUAAAUAUGGAAUGGCUCUUGUACAGUUAAUCCAGAUUGGGCUUUCACAAGCCACAGCCUACAAAAUAAAAUCCUAAAGAAUAUUAUUAUAGACAUGAGAGGUUUUGGUGGUUUAAAGAAUAACACAGGUAACAGGGCUAGCAGCUGUUUAUCUAUUUGACCUGUGUAUUUUCACACAUGGCUUAUCUAUCACACAUGGUUUUUUCACAUAUGGCUGUGUCAACCAGUGACUGUAUAUAAAGAUGGACGACACAUCUCAACUUCCUCCCACUGUCAAUAAAUUAAACCAAAACAGUGCUACCAUCAUGUGCUGAUGAUGUCAUUUGGAGUCUGAGCUAGAAUCUGCGCAGUAGUGAUCAGGUGGAGCUGUGGUAUCAGACACCCGCCUGACCAAGGGUCUUCAUGUCGGCCAUCUUUUUAUUCAGUCGUUGGCUUCAACACAGGGAUGUUUUAACCAGCCCUUUUCUGUCUAAAUGCCUGCUAACCGUUUUCUGUGCAUGGUUCAAAGUUGUUGAAUUGUCACUCUGGUUUUCUCUUCAACACUGCUAAUUAAAAGAUCUAAAUUAA